AUGCCACCAACAAACCUCCCUCAAUCCACAGGGCUAACCAUAACCAAUCCUCUCAUAUUGUAUCGUGCUCUGCUGGCGACUAAAGUGAUUGACCCCGACCCAGCUCAACAUCGUAUAGCUCUACAUUUGCAAAAACUAUAUUUGCGGUUGAAGGAUUAUAAACCUCAGUCGGAAUAUGCAGCUCGACUCAAAGCAAUCAGUCAGGCCGUCAACGAUGGUCAAAAUAAUGAAGAUGGUCGGACGGUAGCAGUACCUGGUCAUCCUUUGAGGAACAAUCCACUAUUUGCUCAUCUUUUCAGACGGAAAGAACGGCAAGAUACACUUGCGAUGACUAGAGUUCUUACGAGUCAUGAAGCAGCAAUGAAUCUGGACUCUCCCCAAGGUAUAUUACUACAUGGCGAAGUUGGGACUGGAAAGUCAAUGUUGUUGGACAUGCUAGCGGAUAGUCUACCGAACAAUAAGAAAAGGAGAUGGCAUUUCAAUACGUUCAUGCUAGAAACAUUCUCACGUCUGGAACAAUUGAGACAAUCUCGUUCCAAGCAUGGAAAUUUGGAUUCUGAAGACUACUCCCUACUUUGGCUAGCGAAGGAUAUGAUUGAAAAAUCGCCUAUACUCUUUUUGGACGAAUUUCAGUUGCCAGACAGAGCUGCGAGUAAAAUAUUGAGCAAUCUUCUGACACCAUUCUUUCAAUUGGGUGGUGUACUCAUUGCAUCUUCAAAUCGUAUGCCAGAAGAGCUCGAAAAGGCCAGUGGCAUGGAUUAUGCCGUGCCUGGUAGGGGAGGACUCGUGAAGAAUUGGCUAGGCUUAGCUAAGCCACAGAAACUCGACAUGUUUUCUAGUGGGAAUGAGUUCUCGGGAUUUGUUGGAGUUCUGAAAGCUAGGUGUGAAAUUUGGGAUAUGGGGAAGGGGGGUCGAGAUUGGAGACGAAGAGAAAUCGAUGAUGUGGACGAUGAAACAGCGAAAAUGUCUGAAAUAAUGAGAGAGGAAAUGAUAGAAGGCUUUACAGGACUUGAAAAGCUUUCACCCGGCAAUCUUGGACUUGGAUAUGAGCAAAGUAUUCAUGAAAAAGAUGAUGACAGUACCACCGAGAAGAUAUUAAAAGCUAAUACUCCCAAAAAGUAUCUUCUCGCUUCAGAUAGUGAUGAUACCUGGGAGAAAGUGGUGAAAUCAGCUUUCCCGUCCUCUCCAGAUCCAAUUCCAUGGCAAUCAACCACACUCUUAGUUUACGGUCGUACAGUUCCUGUCGCUCGCCAUCUUAACGGUAUAACAUACUGGGACUUUCCCACUCUCUGUGGUGGUGCUUUUGGUCCCGCAGACUACAUAACUAUGGCAUCUACUUUUCACACGUUCAUCAUCGAUGAUGUGCCAAUUUUAACCCUCCUCCAAAAGAAUGAAGCAAGACGCCUUAUCACUCUCCUUGACGCUCUCUACGAAGCCCGAUGCAAACUCAUAAUUCGCGCCGCCACUGGCCCAGAUACUCUUUUCUUCCCCGAAACCAAGCUGUCUCCUUCCUCGGAUCCCGAAUCCGAAUCCGAAAAUCCUCAAGAUGCAGUAUACCCCGAAACCCUCGCUGAAAUCUACCAGGAUCAAACAUCUCCCUUCCGACCAAAUAUUUCUACGUAUACCGAUACUCCUAGCGCCAAAACGGGGUAUGAUCCCGAUGAAGAUGCGGAUUUUGGAUCAGUUCCCGGAGCGGGAAAUGAGAUUGGGAGGAGGAGAGGAGUGGAUUUUGCGAAGACGGAAAGUUUCACGGGAGAAGAUGAGAGGUUUGCGUAUAAGAGAGCGGCGAGUAGGUUGUGGGAAAUGUGUGGCGGGAGGUGGCAUGCUAGGGGUGGACAGGGAGAGGGAGAGACUUGGUGGAGACCGUUGAGCGUAGAAGCGAGGGGGUGGGAAAGAAAUAUUGGGGGAGAGGUGAUUAGAGAUAGUGCUGUAGUUAUGGGAGAGGUAAAGGGUGAUGUGAAGAUGGGAGAUUAUGUGGAGCUUGAGAGACCUGCAGGUUUGGAAGGGAAGCAGUUGGAAGAGAUGGAGAAGUUGGAGAAUGGAACGGCGAAGAGGUAG